CCGCUGGGCCCCGCCCCGACUUUCGGCCCGAGGGAAGCGGCGCCCGGCGCCUGGAGGCCUCGGGCGGUGCUGGAGACGCUGCGGCUGAGCCGCCAGGAGAUCUCGGCGGCAGCGGAGGUGGUGAACCGGGUUGUGGACCACCUGGUGCAGAGACUGCAGCGCUGCGAGUCCGAGUUCAGGGGCGUCACGCUGCUGCGCACCGGCAGCUACUACGAGCGCGUGAAGAUUUCUUCUCCUAAUGAAUUUGAUGUUAUGUUCAAACUGGAGGUCCCCAGAAUUCAGCUAGAAGAAUAUUGCAACAGUGGUGCUCAUUACUUUGUGAAGUUCAAAAGAAAUCCCAAAGGAAAUCCUCUGAGUGAGUUUUUAGAAGAGGAAAUAUUAUCAGCUUCUAAGAUGCUGUCCAAGUUUAGGAAAAUCAUUAAGGAAGAAAUUAAACACAUCGAAGACACAGACGUCAUUGUGGAGAGGAAGAGGAGAGGGAGCCCUGCUGUAACGCUACUUAUUAGCAAACCUAAAGAAAUAGCCGUGGAUAUAAUCCUGGCUCUGGAGUCAAAAAGCAGCUGGCCUGCUAGCACCAAGGAAGGCCUGCCCAUCGAUAACUGGCUUGGAGUGAAAGUUAGGAACACUCUAAGACGACAGCCGUUUUACCUGGUACCCAAGCAUGCAAAGGAAGGAAAUGGUUUUCAAGAAGAAACAUGGCGGCUGUCCUUCUCUCACAUUGAAAAGGAUAUUUUGAAAAAUCAUGGACAAUCUAAAACAUGCUGUGAAAUUAAUGGAGUGAAAUGUUGCAGGAAAGAUUGUUUAAAACUAAUGAAAUAUCUUUUAGAACAACUGAAAAAAAAGUUCAGAAACCGAAAGGAACUGGAUAAAUUCUGUUCUUACCAUGUGAAAACGGCCUUCCUUCAUGUAUGUACCCGGGACCCGGCUGACAGUCAGUGGCGCUGCGAGGACCUGGAGCUCUGCUUUGGCAGCUGUGUGGCAUACUUCCUUCACUGCCUCGAGACAGAGCGUCUAGAGCAUUAUUUCAUUCCUGGAGUCAAUCUGUUCUCUCCACACCAAAUUGAAAAACCAAGUAAAGAAUUUCUGUCAAAGCAAAUUGAAUAUGAAAGAAGCAAUGGAUUUCCAGUUUUUGGUGAAUUUUGAAAUUAUGUUUUUAAAAAGAAUCAAGAAUUAGAAUGAGUGUAUAAUGAUUGCAGUGUUUGAAAUUUGUUGCAGCAGUGAUUGACUAAAAUGAAUGUAAAUAUUUAGCUCUCAGUUUGUCUUAAUAAACCCUAAUCAGUAUAAAAGGGUUGAUUAUCCUACGAAAGAGAUUAGUUAAGGAAUAAAAGGCAAAAAGAGUAUUUAAAAUCUAAAAGCUUUACCAGAUUGGAAUGAAAAGAAGGAAAAAGUACAUUAUCACCUUAAUUAAAUUCAUCAUGCACUUACUGAACCCCACUUCUCACCAAGCACAAAUGUGUGGAAGGUUGCAAGAGACAAUAUUAAAAAUGAUCAUGGCCUCCAUAAAACUGGUAGGUUUUGUUCAACAUACAAAUAUAUUUGAGAGCAAUGACCUGUCCUGUAUGUUAGGAUAGGUCAGAAGA